AUGGAUUCAGAAGACGGAGAACUGUUCAUAAAGCAACUUGCCGGCUAUGUUCGGACGCACGAGAAGGCUUUGGCCAACGCUCUUCAACUACGCCGCCAAGUCCGUCAUAAGCCAUCUCAGAGUACAGGCUCAGCGACCCUCCUCUCCCAAACUUCCACUUCGCUUCCCGAACGACCAUCUACCUCCGCUUCCACAUCGAGUUCGCUCGCAGCUGCAUUGUCGCUCGGAACCCUAAACUUCACAUCACAUAAUGCCAAAUCUGUAAAAUUGGCUCUCACGCCUCAUCACCUAUUUUACCUGCUUUCCCGCUUCGAAGAACUCGGCAUCAGUGUCGGUCCUAUGAAAGUCCGGCUUGAAAAUCUCCACGACAGUUCAUCCUCUGCCAACUAUGUUUCUUUCCUCAGUAAUACCCAGCGAUCGAGGAGCAAAGGCUCGGAUAUUGAUUCAAUACACUCUGUCUCGAGUAUACGAAGUGUCAUGUCGGGCAUGUCUGCAUUAUGGUCGAGUUUCGGUAUCGGGGCCAGUAUAUCCGCUGCCCGGACCGAACGCCAAAAAGCCGCCCUGGAAGCUGACAUGAAAUACCUCUAUUCUGCUUUUACCAAGAUUCCUUGCUUGAGAUUGGCUCCAGAUUGGCGUGCCCGCCUGAUUCGAGGUUAUGAAGAGUUUCCAUUUGAUUCGGCUGUACCCCUAUACGUUUUCAAGAAUCUGCAGGCUCUCGAACUACGUUCUCUUACUCUGAAACGUGCCGGUAUUGAGGACCCCGCGGACAUCUUGAUUGACAUCGUCUUGGAUGAUAUGGACAAACGCCGUCGACGAGUCUCCAAAUCCCAAUCCUCGCCCACUUCAGUUUGGACGGGUAGUGGCAGUCCUCGUCGUAAUAUUGCCCACCCCGAGCUUCACCGAGCCGUGUCUGCUCCAAGCUCUCCUGGUGCACACGUCGACAUGCGGGUCGGUUCGUUGACCCCAAGUGAACAUGCUAUCGAAGAGAGCAGCCGUAGGCAGUCUUUGAGCAAGGAUGACGAGCAAGAUGACACCCCACAAACUGUGCACAAAUCUUCUCGUCCCAGGAGCAACUCACCUCCGCGCCCUACCAGCUCUCGAACGCAAUCACAUCCUGUUCGAGGUAACCAUCACCGCAUGAGGCGAUCCGGAUCUGGUAGCUCUCAUUCCAGCCUUUCCGAUUCUUGGACAGUUCAUCACCAUUCUCGAGGUAGCUCUGGUAACUUACUUGCCAUGGGCGUCCUCCCCACUUCAAAGUGGCGCUUUUUGCGACAUUUGAGUCUGGCUGACAAUUCCAUGACCUCUAUUCCGCAAAAUAGUCUCUCACCCCUAUCCAACACACUCUACUCUCUGGAUAUUUCCUCCAACCUCUUUAGCCAGGUUCCAGACAGUUUGGCUACCCUAACCGCCCUCAGAGCUCUAAACUUGUCUCACUGUAUGAUCGACUCUCUCCAGUCAUUGACCCGCAACCCUCUUCCUGCCAUCACAGCUCUCAACCUUCGAGCAAACAGGCUCCAGAGCCUUGCUGGCGUUGAGAAGUUGGUUCCUCUUGAGAGACUCGAUUUGAGAGAUAACCGUCUAGUCGACCCAAUGGAACUGGCGAGAUUGACAGGUAUCCCCGACAUCCACGAGAUUUGGGUUGAGGGCAAUCCCUUUACUCGUACCCACAAGGAUUAUCGCAUCACCAUCUUUAACCUCUUCCGCAAAGCUACAGGCUAUACUGACGACGUGAUUAUUGAUGGCAGUGGUCCAAGUUACGUUGAAAGACGAUCAAUGGUUGACCGCCCCCCUAUCCCCGACUCCAUCCCUGUCGUCAAGCCACAGGUCCCUGAGGUACCUACUGUCGAUGUCAGCAAGCCUGCCAUUAUUUUCAACCCUCCCAAAGAGCCAGCUGUCCUCCGAAAGGAACGGCCUACGCCUAAGGCUGUCAUGAGUGAAAUCAACACCAGCUCGACACGUCGGCGAAAGACUCCAAAGAGGCGAAUCGUGGAUUUGGCCACUUCUGAUACCCCAUCCUUCCCAACCCCAGUCGAGGUUCAAGUAGCGAAGCCGGCUAGUAAGCAGCCCAAGUCUCCGCUCACUAACGACGGAAACUACCGGAUAUCCCAGCAACCUGAAGGCCAGGUUUUGUCGCCGCCCACAUUAUCGACCGACUCGCAAGUUGUCAGCUCACCUGAAGUACCACGACUUGACACCAACAUCUUUACCAACAUCCCAGCUGCUUACUCAUCUAACGAUGACGCUUCCACUUGGAAGGAAUCCCAGGACUGGGAUGCUGGUGGUGAAAUGUACCGUCAGAAGAUUGAGGCGUUGCGUAAUACUGUCGGUAAUAGCUACCUUUCUGUCUUGAGCGAAGAGACUUGGACUACCAGCCGCCCGGCAGAUUUUUCCACACCUAAUGUCCCAUCCGGUACAGCUAUGCGCACAGCACACACUCCUAUCCACGCCCCUCAGGCUCAAGCCAUACAUAGUGGUCGGACCUUGGGCUGA